CUGAAGUAGUUCCCAUCGUAGAUAAAGAGAGUGGCAGAGAGAACGCAGUUAACUGCCAAGAGACAGAAUAUGAAGUAGAGACUAUAAAGUUGAAAAGGCCCAACCUUUCUCCAAUCUAAUUCGAGCAUCAGAAAGUUCAAUGAUUGGUAUUGUUAUUAUAGGUGAUUUGCCCAAUUCUCUGAAUUCACGAUGAAAUCUGCACUUAUAAGCACUAAUUCCUUGCACCCAUUUACUCCGUUUGGUGCGCAUAUAUUCUCUAAGCCAAAGAAUCCCAGUGUAUUCUGCAUAAAACCCAUUACUUUGCCCGCCAUACUCUCCUUGAAAUCCCAGUCCAAGCCAUCCAGAUUGGUUGCGCUUUGCGCUUCCCAUAACGCAAGCCCUUCGAAUGCCGAACUGAAGGAUCGUGGGGUGGAGGAGGUUCCGAGUGAAGACUUUGUUGAAGAUGAGAAUUCACAAAGCCGAUGGAAUGUGGAAGUGGGGAGCCCCAGUGUUCUGCCCAAUGUUGUGCCGGCGGCCAAGUUGAGCUUGAGUGACCAAGCGUUCUUUCUCCUGGCCUUCAUUGCUUGCACGAAUUCUGUGGCAUUCACUAGACUUAUUAAUGCAGCUGUCCCAACACUAAAUAUCCUCAAUUUGCAAUAUACAUUUCCUGGGUUGUUGUCACAGCCAACACCUAUCCAAUUGCAGCAAUCAUCACCAACCCAAGAAGAAAGCGGACACCUAUCCAAUUGCAGCAAUCAUCACCAACCCAAGAAGAAAGCCGACCCGAUGGAUCUCUAAGAUUGUCUUUAAAGCGAAGAAGUGCUUUCCUCUCCACCUCUAAGCAUCUUAAAUUUGGGCUCUUGGUACAUGAAAUGGAUUUAAUAAGUUGAAGGUAAGAUGCAAUUCCAAACAGAGAGAAGAAGAAAAUGGGGAUGAGAUGAAGAGCGGACAUAUCGCAAACCAUUCUGCCACUCAAAUGCUUGUGAGGGCCUAAGACAUGCAUGGUGGAGUUCAAGUAUUUAUUCAUGGCGAUGACGAGAAUUGGUUCGUAAAGCUAAGCAAGUACAGCUAAUUAAUAAUCCUAUUAAACGACUAUAAUAAAGUUAAGCAAGUAAGAUGAAGUUAUAUAUUUCGUCUCCCAAAAAAAAAAAAAAAAAAUACACUUUACCCCCCAAAGUUUGGGACAAUUCUCAAUUCAACCUUCAAUGUUUUAAUUUUUACAAUGCACCCUCCUCCAAACUUCCAAA